AUGGAGUCUAAACCAGACGAAGCCCCUGCGGGCCAGUCCCUCCGUCAGCCCAAGAAGCGCUUCGUGGGUCGACGCACUGCCGACGCACAGGCCCAAAAGGACUCGAGCCAGAAAGAUGUCGAGUCCACCAGUCUUCAGCGGGCCACCCCCCGUCGAACCCCCCGAACCCUCAAUCAAGUCCCUCCCGAGAUCCUCGAAGACCCCGACAUCAAAGCCGCCAUCGGGCUCCUCCCACCCAACUACUCAUUCGAGAUCCCCAAAACCAUCCACCGCAUCCGCACAUCAGGCGCCAAGCGCGUUGCGCUGCAGUUCCCCGAGGGCCUGCUCAUCUUCGCGACGACCAUCUCCGACAUCCUGACGCAGUUCUGCCCCGGCAUCGACACCCUCAUCAUGGGCGACGUCACCUACGGCGCCUGCUGCAUCGACGACUACACCGCGCGCGCCCUAGGCUGCGACCUCCUCGUCCACUACGCCCACAGCUGCCUCAUCCCGGUAGACGUCACGCAGAUCAAAACCCUCUACAUCUUCGUCGACAUCAGCAUCGACACCACCCACCUCCUCGCCACCCUCGAGCGCAACAUCCCCACCGGCCGCACCCUCGCCAUAGUCGGCACCAUCCAAUUCAACGCCACCCUGCACGGGCUCCGCCCCGUCCUCGAACGCGCCGGCUACCGCGUCCUCAUCCCCCAGAUAACACCCCUCUCCAAAGGCGAAAUCCUCGGCUGCACCUCCCCGCAAAUGCGCCCCGAAGACGCAGUAGACUGCAUCCUCUACCUCGGCGACGGCCGCUUUCACCUCGAGUCCGCCAUGAUCCACAACCCCACAAUCCCAGCCUACCGCUACGACCCUUACUCGCGCACGCUCUCCCGCGAGGAAUACGGCCACGACGAGAUGCACGCGCUCCGCCGCGACGCCAUCGCCUCCGCCCGCGGCGCCCGCAAAUGGGGCAUCAUCCUCGGCGCGCUCGGCCGCCAGGGGAACCCGCACACGAUGGCCCUCAUCCAGGACCAUCUCGCCAGCCGCGGCAUCCCCACUAUCAACCUCCUGCUCAGCGAGAUCUUCCCUGGUAAGCUCGCGUCCAUGGCCGACGUCGAGUGCUGGGUGCAGAUCGCCUGUCCGCGGUUGAGCAUCGACUGGGGGUAUGCGUUCCCGCGACCGCUCUUGACUCCCUACGAGGCGCUGAUUGCGCUGGGUGUGAGAGAGGACUGGGGUCGUACGAAUAAGGGCGUGUAUCCGAUGGACUUUUAUGCGAAGGAUGGGUUGGGCAGGACCCGGCCGCAGGUGCAGGCUGCCACUCCGGCGGCGUGAUUUGCGUUGCGGAGUUGAGUUGAGGGUAAAAGUGGUUUUUGCAUAGAGGCGUUCAUCAUCUAUAUACUUGGUUGUUUAUGC